UUUCUCUUCACAGUUUUGUCUGUUUUUUUUGGUAAACUCUCUCCGAGUUCAUAACACCUAUCGCCUCCAAAUAAUCACCUGUUUAACCCUAAUUAACUUCUUAUUUGAUUAGUCUAAUCAAUCCAAAACUUUUCCAAAUGCAUCAUACUAAUGGGAAUGGAAACUUCGCAUCAUUUUCGAUGGAAGAAUUCCUUAAAAAAUCCAAGGGUUACGCUGUGAUAGAUGGUGGAUUAGCAACAGAGCUUGAGAGACAUGGUGCUGACUUGCAUGAUCCUCUCUGGAGUGGAAAAUGCCUCAUCAGUUCUCCUCAUCUUAUCCGAACUGUACAUCUUGAUUAUCUUGAAGCAGGUGCGGAUAUUCUGAUCACAGCAUCUUAUCAGGCUACAAUUCAGGGUUUUAUGGCUAAAGGUUUAUCUGAAAAAGAAAGUGAAGCACUGCUUGCAAAAAGUGUCUCAAUUGCAUGUGAGGCGCGGGAUAUGUAUUAUGAGAGGUCUUCAGAAGGUUCUUGCAUUGAGGAUGGAAGGGUUCUAAAUAAGCGAAAAAUCUUGGUUGCAGCCUCUGUUGGAAGCUACGGAGCUUAUUUAGCUGAUGGGUCUGAGUAUGACGGUAACUAUGGUGAUUCUGUGACACUUGCAACUUUGAAAGAAUUUCAUCGGAGACGAGUUCAGGUACUGGCAGAAGCUGGUGCUGACUUGAUAGCAUUCGAGACUAUUCCAAAUAAGAUAGAAGCUCAGGCUUUUGCUGAGCUUCUUGAUGAAGAUGACAUAAAGAUUCCAGCUUGGUUUGCUUUCAAUUCCAAGGAUGGGGUGAAUGUAGUUAGUGGAGAUUCUUUGGUUGAGUGUACCUUGGUUGCUAAUUCAUGUAAGAAGGUUGUUGCUGUUGGAAUCAAUUGUACCCCUCCUAGAUUUAUAAGUGCACUCAUUUUAUCCAUGAAAAAGGUAACAUCAAAACCAUUACUUAUAUAUCCGAAUAGUGGAGAGACGUAUGAUGCUGAUCGGAAGGAAUGGGAGUCCACAGGGGUUUCAAAUGAAGACUUUGUCUCUUACGUGAAUGUAUGGCGUGAAGCUGGAGCUUCACUUAUAGGUGGCUGUUGCCGAACAACUCCAGAUACUAUCAGAGCUAUCCACAAGGUCCUUUCAGCUGGAUCUUCUACUGCAGUACCAUCUAAGGAUUAGCUACUCUCCCAGAUCAAUACCAAUUUUACGACGAGAAUACAACGAGAAUACAAAAUGAAAGAGGAGUAUUAACAAAAUUAUUAGAUGGAUUAGCAUAUUAAACUCUGAAACAUGUUUCUGUUCUUCCUGUAAUCAUAACUUUUAGGGUGAAAGCAGUGUUACCCAGUUAAUAUCUAUUGUUCCAGUUCUUUAAAUUUCACAUUUCUUUUCAAUUAAUGAGAAUCAUAGAUUUUGAAUUC